CGGGUGCACCCCGUCUUGUUCCUAAAUUCUGAGAAUUAAAUCUUCUGUUCAGAGGAACAGAAUGUUAUGCGAGUUUUCCAUCUAGAUAUAGUUUAUCAUAAGCAACAAAUGCACUGGACAUCUCACCAGCACUGGACCAAUGACAGAAUCAAGAGGUAUCAUGACUUCUAUUCCAGUCACAGCGGCAGAAUAUCCUGACUUUAAAAACCAGAGUUCUGCAUUAUGCACAGAUGUGAAGUGUGUCAUCUACUCAGUGGCAAAUGUGAUCAUCUUCAUCCUGGGGAUUGCUGGAAACAGUUUGGUGAUCUGGAUUGCAGGCUUUAAGAUGAAGAAGUCAGUCAUCGCCACCUGGUACCUGAGCCUGGCCGUGUCCGACUUUAUAAUGUGCUCUACCUUGCCCUUUGGUGUCGUCCAAACGGUUACAGAUGAGUGGAUCUUUGGGCUCUUCCUCUGCAAAUUCCGAUAUUUCAUGAAGCUUAUAAACAUGUAUAGUAGCAUCUUCAUUCUUGUCAUCAUCAGUGUGGACCGCUGCGUUCUUGUUAUUUUUCCGGUGUGGGCUCGGAACAAGCGCACCGUAAGAAAGGCCACUGUGAUAAUUAUGCUAGCUUGGAUCAUCUCAGCAGCACUUAGCUCACCUGCGGCCAUUUUCCGAGACAUUGUGCACAACCGGAAGACAAAGUGUGUCAGAAAGUACAUCAAUGAGCAAAGCCAUAUUGCCAUAGUGUCUUGCCAAUUCCUUUUUGGAUUUGUGAUCCCGUUCCUGAUCAUUGUCUUCUGUUAUGUCCUCAUCAUGCGAAAGCUGAAGUUCAACCAGAUGACGACGUCCACAAAGCCAUUCAAGAUCAUGAUACUGCUGAUAGCUGCUUUCCUCAUCUGCUGGUUGCCUUUUCAUUUUUAUUCUUUUUUGAAAAUACAUUAUAAGGGAUUCAAUUUUGUCAAAGUGCUAAAAUUAUUUGGCGUCAUUCUUGCCAACGCCAACAGUUGUUUGAAUCCACUUCUUUAUGCGUUCAUGGGGAGAAACUUCAAGAAGCAGUGUUACUCGGUUCUGUCCAACAUUGAGAAUGCAAUUGAGGAGGAGGAGGAGGGCCAGGAAGGAGUCCAAGGGACAGCUAUCAACAACAGUGAGGAAAGCAUAAGUUCAGUUGUAUGACAAAUUUGAACAGUUGAAAGGAAAACAGCAUUUUACUUGUUUAUGUUACACAAAAAAAAACUUUUAAAAAAAUAAUACCUGAAACAGUGGCUUGAAAUCAAUGCUUGCUUUAACCUUAGGUACAAAAUUACUAGAUAUUUUGAGGAAAAAUUAUGCCUGAAGCUAAAACUCUAAAGGCAUGUAAUGGCUUACUGUUGGUGACAGAUACAUUAGAUCAAUGAGGCUCAAUUUAUAAAAGAGAAAAGGGCAACACUUACCAUCACGGAUUAGAAUUAUUUGCUAUAGGUCAUGAAAUACUAUCUAUAUACUAUUUAACUGUGCCUUAGCACAGCAUUAAAUUAGUUAAUUUCUUAAACGGUCAGAACCCACAGGUGGGCCAAAAAUGUUUUUACUUCUGUAACCUAAAAAAACAGUUUCCACUGAAGUCCUUGUAGUUACUGAAUAAUAAGCCUUAUUAUGUAACAAUUCUGAGAUUUUACUGGGACAAAUGUAAAAAACCAGCUCUGAGGAUAGUGAGGCAGCUGAACAGGUGUAGGUGAAAGAAAGUGCCCACAGUGGAGGAAUAUGUAAUGAUAAAUCAGUAGACUAACAGAUAAUGAAAAGACUAACACAUGCAAACUAGUUAGUUCUCAUUUGACUUUUUUAUAACUAAACAUAUCUAUCAGAUCAUCAGCAGCGCAGUAAGCAAGAGAUAGCACACAGUUCUUAAUAAAUACGUCAAAGAUGAAGUUCAACCAGAUUACGACAUCCAAAAAGCCAUUCACGAUCAUGACGCUGCUUUCCUCAUUGGCAAAAAAAUUAAUUAACAAAUCAAAUCAAAUCUACAAAUUUAUUUGUAUAGCGCUUUUUACAACGGAUGUUGU